GGCGCGGGCGGAGGCGGAGCCGGCACCGCCCCUUGGCGCUUCCCGGCUGCAGGAAAGUUUUGCCCAGGAGCCGAGCGGCCCGGCCGGGCCAUGGCCAAGUCCUACGAUCACCUCUUCAAACUGCUGCUGAUCGGGGACAGCGGGGUGGGCAAAACCUGCCUGAUCAUCCGCUUCGCCGAGGACAACUUCACCAGCACCUACAUCUCCACCAUCGGGAUCGACUUCAAAAUCCGGACAGUGGAAAUUGAGGGGAAAAAGAUCAAACUCCAGGUCUGGGACACGGCAGGACAAGAGAGGUUUAAAACCAUCACAACGGCGUAUUACCGAGGAGCCAUGGGAAUCAUCCUCGUGUACGACAUCACAGAUGAGAAAUCCUUCGAGAACAUCCAGAACUGGAUGAAGAGCAUCAAGGAGAAUGCUUCUGCGGGGGUGGAGCGCCUCCUCCUGGGGAACAAGUGUGACAUGGAGACCAAGCGCAAGGUGCAGCGGGAGCGUGCAGAGAAGCUCGCGAAGGAACAUGGGAUCCGGUUCUUUGAGACCAGUGCCAAGUCCAGUGUGAACGUGGAGGAAGCCUUCAACACCCUGGCCCAGGACAUCCUGCUGAAAUCCACCAAGAAACUGGGUAAAAUCCCCAAAGGGCACCUAGACUUGAAAAGUUCUCCGAAGAGAAGCAGCAGCAAAUGCGCCGUGGUCUAGCAGCAGCCACGCCGCUGGAGCACCCCAUAGUGCCCCCCACCAGGCACCACGCCGGAGCCACUGUGCCACUCCUCUCCUUUCUGCCACGCUCCUGCUCCUCUGUGACAGCGGGGGCCGGGCAGCGCCCUGGAGCCGGGCGGCUGGGCAGAGCUGAGCUCCGGAGCUGGUGUCUCCGAGGGGCCAGGCCCACAGCCAGUCAACCUUCCCACUGCUCCUAUGCUCCGAGAGAGGAGGAAUGGAGGGCGGGGGCAACCUGCAGGCUGAUUUGGAGGGGAAGGGAGCAGAGGAGGGAGCUGGAGAAGAGGGGGGGCUGCAGACAGGAAGGAAGGGGGAGAGGGCAGUGAUGUGGGGGAGACCUGGCCGUGCUGCAGCCACGGUGCAGGGUUCGGCCGCUUGUUGCUCCCAGGGGCGCGUUGAUUCGAAGCCCUGGCAAGCCAGGAUCCCUUCUCCCAAACCAGCCUGCGGGUCCGGCCAGGCAAACACUGUAAAUCGGACUCGCUGCUCCAUCACGUGUAGGAAUGACUGUCUGAAAACCCAGGGCCCCCAAGCCCAACGUGGGGCCCAGUGUCUCCACUCCCAGGCACCGGCAGAGCCCUCUUGUAUCUCGGGCGCCCGGCGCUAUUUAAUUAACGACAUAAAGCCCCAGCUUGUGCCUUC